AUGGCCUUUGGGUAUUUAGCAAGCAAGGAAGCAUGUUCCGUUUCCUUGAGAGACGAGUCUUCUUGGUCUCUUCCCCCGGGUUGUGAAGAAAUUAAAUGGAGAAAUUUUGGUGCGGACAUUUCACUUGAAGGAGUCAAUGAGUGGAAGAUACAAGAGAUCGGAUACGACGGAGUGGAAAAAUACAUCAAGCCACCUACGUUUUCUGAUAAUGUUGGUAAACUGGCACGUCAAGUGGACUGGAAGAAGUUGAUAGGUUCGGACGCACUUUAUGACAACCCAAACUCAAUAAAGAGUGAGAAUGAGGAAGUGGAGAACGUCGAGAAAAAGCCUGUUGAGUUCGAGGAGCGCGUUGUCCCGGAAGCAGGACCGUGGCACGGUGUCGCAAAGUAUUUACAUGAAUCUCUGCAACAAUUCAACGUUCUCCUUGACAACCUUGCGAUCAUGCGGGCGACCGACUACAUGAAACCGUUGACGAUUCUCGAUCCAAUUCAUGCAGAGUCAGCACCUAUGCAAUCCGAAAAUGCCGCAGCAAGUAAGGCCACGCAGUGGGUUUGGAAACGGAAGGCGUUGUUGGAAGCGAUGAGCGUUCUUGAAUUAGCACAGAGAUUACGAAACGUCGAGGUCGAAGAUGAGGUUCAUCAGCAGAAGAGUCAGUUCUUUAUGGAAUUGACGAAAAUGCGUGAGUACUGGAGGGUUCGAAAAACCGGUGAUCAUAUCUACGGCGAUCUUGGCUACCGUAUAUUCGGCUCCAAGUACAAUCCGCGAGAACUGUUCGAUAUAACAAGAAUUUCAUUGCCUCCUGGAACGUCAAUCGAUGUGACUGUUCCUCGAGACCUGACACGUCGUUCAACAUUGUCUGUCUCAAUUGUCAAAGAUGAUUACACCAAUCGUGAUUUGUUCGCCAGUUUGGACGAUCAUCAAUUUGAAUAUAUGAAGAUCGAUGAUAGCAAAAUUGAAUCCAUCCAUUGGAGCGAUGCUCUCAAGUGGGCUCAAGAAACUCUGAUAUGUAAAGAUAUUUUCAACACGCUAUGCUCUGAUGCUGUUCAAAUGCGAAAUCGUUUGUCUACAAUCCGGGAUGGAGUACUGCUCGUCAGUCUGUACAAUGAUUACCUUCUUCGCGUUGAACUCAAGUAUCAUCCAUUCAGGGAAGGAGAUUUACCAGAGGAAGGAUGUUCCUAUUUGAAUCGAUCCCUUCGGGAAAUGAUGGUUGCGCAAGAGUGUACUCGGUGGGUGCGACCGCAAACGUUUGUAUCUCUACCCCUGACGAAUCUCAGUGAAGCACUGGAUGCUCGUGGUCCAAGAGCUUUCACUGGACGAGAGAUCGAAAGUCGCGCUCAUAAACCGCAAUUUUUGCUCGAGAAAUUGAUUACCGUUGCUUCACACUAUUCUUUGGUGGAGAUGGCACGCAAGACAUUGGAAGAAUUCAUGACGACCACACGUGAUCCUCAAGUGCGUGUUUUCAAUGUGGCUGUCUAG